AUGUCCUCGAAAAUUUCAUUUUCUUUGGAAGAAGACACGGUUUUAGCUGAAUGUGUAAGUCAACAUCCAUGCUUGUUCGACUUAAAACUCCCAGAAUAUAAAGACCUACAGGUGAGGGAAAAUAUUUGGAAGGAGAUAAUAUCAUCUGUUUUAAAAACAAAAAGUGUUGAUGAUUGCAAAAAGCGUUGGCGUAACAUAAAAGAUACGUACAAUAGAAAAAAAAGAAGCAGAAAUUUGAGUACUGGAUCAGCUGCAAAAAAUAAGCCCACCAAGUGGCAGCUCGCUGAUAUUUUAUCUUUCCUUGACGUGGCAGCUUAUGAAAGACCGUAA